AAGAAGAAGAAGAAGAAGAAGAAGAAGAAGAAGAAGAAGAAGAGCUACUACUAUUACUACUACUCCGGGUCACGUGAUUGGGUCGAGCAUCUUUUUUUUGGUCCAUUUUGGAUGAGGCAGAAGAUCCGUGCAACCCAAGAAAAUGACCAAACUGCAGUUCUUGAACGUCUUUUUGACAGAGCGACUUAUGCUUGCAGCGCAGGAGAUUUAUAAGUCUGUCGAGGACACGAUUUUGGAGUACCAGGAGGAGAUAGCGAUCAGGGAGCGGGAGAACGACCAUCUGAGACGCAGGCUGCGAGAAGCUGGGAUUGAAAUAUGGCCAGAUCGCCCGUCUAUGGCACUGUUGGAGGAAGAGGAUGGCGAGCAUCCACGGCGUGAAUGGAGUCCGAGCAUGGGUCACGAAGAGCGUAUUCCCAUACAGAUCAAGGACAAAAGAGACCUCCGGACCAGUCAAGGAGAUGAUCACCUUCGCGGCCAUGGCUCUUGCAGCACACCAGAGAACAUGUUUACUCCCCCGCGUGUUGCUAAUGAGUAUCCUCAGGAUGGCCCUCAUACGUCCAGCCUCCCUCAGAGCGGCGGCGGGGUGGAGAACAGGGAACGGGAUCCUGGAUCUCGAGGCGCAGCGAGGCAUGUGAAGGCAGAGAGUGGUGGAGGCCACAGAGGCGCUGCCUCUUCCAACAGCGGUGCUCAGCCUCUCGCGCCUGUCAACCCAAACUGUUCAAACGAGAACAACAUUGAUAUUAUUGGGGUAGAGAAUGGGGGACAGAUGGUUGGUGGCAAGGGAAACGGGACUGGAGCUAACCGAGCACAACCCCCUCACAUGCGCAACCAAGGAGCCAAUGCCGUGGACUGCCCUCAUCAAAAGUCCCCACUGCAAGGCCACAUGUCGUCCUUCUGCUGCAAGGUUUGUGGCGAGGCGUUCAGUCACAUAGGCCACCUGCACGUUCAUGUGCAAGUGCACACGCGGGAGAAGCCUUACCGAUGUGGCGUGUGCGGGAAAUGCUGCAGCUCUUCUGGCAGGCUCCAGGAGCAUCAGCGCAGCCACACGGGGGAGAAGCCGUUCCGCUGCCAGAUUUGUGGCAAGGGCUUCACGCAGAUGGCUCACCUGAAGGUACACAUGAGGAUCCACACAGGCGAGAAGCCGUACAGUUGCCCGGUAUGCGGGAAGUGCUUCAGCCGCUCAGACAAAAUCAAAAGGCAUCUACAGACCCACAGCCGUGAGGGAACGUAUUUCUCAGGGCAAUGAUGCCGGUGUUUUUGUCAAAACACCCAGUUGGAGUCAUACUGAUGGGGGAAACAAGCAAAGCUGCAGUCGCUGCCACUAGGACAAGCUUUUCUCUUCCUUUUUUUCCAUGAACUAGGGAUUCUGCUACUGUUAGAUUUUUUAAACUAACCUAAUACUCCUCCGUACCAUAGUCCCUCUGUAGGAUUUGUAUAAGCCAGUUUAGUAUGUAAUUUACAUAAUUUUGUAUUGCCACUGAAUAUUAAAUCUCUUGAGACACAAUUUGAGUUAUUAGCUAGCUUUUUGAAUAAUGUAGCAUUUCCUUGGUCAUAUAAUUAGCAUGAAGACGUCUUCCACACAUGCCUUGAGUCAGAGAGGCAUUAAGAAAUGCAGCACAGUCACAGCUCACCCAGGCACUUGAGUUCAUGCUUACUUUGAAACUUACAGACUUAUCGUUUAUUUUCUAACCAUUCUUUUAGGACCUAAAAUGAAUUCAUUUUUUGUGAUUUUAGGAUUGUAAGUUGACAAACUUGUUUUCGGACUUAGCAGCCAAUGUAAAAAUAGUGAAUAAAGGGAAACGGUGAACUGUGGACUGAUUUUAUAAACAAGGAGGUGUCUGAUCUGGCAUGUUCCUCUUUUAGUUUUUACCUUUAUUUUCACUCAAGCCUCUUUCACAUGUGCACCCCAGACUGUCUCCAGAGGAUCGUGUUCGUUUUCAUACAUGCACGGACUUCACCUGUUUGAGGUGCAUUCUUGUUUCAGGGAAAUAUUGCAUGUGCAUGUGAGAAAGGGGCUUUGUUUGUUCACCGUGCCGUUAACUGGUUGCAGAGCUAAAUACUGCCGGUGUCAGCAAUGUUUUCCAUUAAAAUAUGGACAAAUCUGAAGUGAGACUGUUGUGAUACAUGAUGUGAUAUUCUGUAACAUACCACUAGUCUUGAUCUGCCAUGCAUUUUGUGGUGUCUCUAUUGAUGCACUGUAGCAUCUGUCCCACGUCAUGCAGAAGCUCACUUUAUAAAAGGGCCGUACAGUAUUAACUGAACCUUUGUGUGAUAUAUUAUCUCACAGGUCUCAGUCUAAAAAACGUUCACCAGUGUUUGCACCAGAGUAGUCUUUCACAUGUGAGGCAUCUUUAAGAGUGGCCUCAGCACUAGUUUGUUGUGGGAUCAGGUGCUUCCUCUGCCCAUCUUGGACUGAACCUGCGGAACCUCUAGUUACCGUUUUUCCUCUCAGGACUAAUGCUGCAUUCAUUACCCGCGCCUUUAAAAAAGAAAAAAAAGCUCAGGGUUUGUGGGGAUUCUCCACUGAAUUCGUCCCUGCUUGUUGCAGAAAUAAAUAACAACUUGUAACCGAUUUUUCCCCAGAAAGAUGAAGUGCAUAACGUGAUGCAUUAAGAAUGUGAGGCGAUCCACUACAUGUAAUGAAUGCAGCAUAAGAUGGCGACAGCACGUCCUUUGAGCUGACCAGCAGUCCUCCACUCAGUCUUCUCUGGGACACCUUAGCUCUCCCAGCACACAUUCUAAUGUACAGUGUUGUAUCAUUGCAUAUUAAAUGUUAUUUUUAAUAAAGUAGUAAUUGCGUAUCAAAUGUA